AUUACUCUUACCAGUUACCUGCGGCGACUCCCUGAGAGUGAGGUUGAAGAUGAGAACAAACCGCUAAAGCUGCCAGGUGUACUAGCAUCAAUGACAGGAACAGUCAUGUACCCUGAUGAAGAGUCUGCAAAGUGGGAUGUAGAUGGUAUGUGUUAACCCUGUUAUCAAAAAGUAAAUUCUCCUAACUUGUCUCUAUACAUUUUCCUUGGUACUGAAGAGGAGAGUUAGUGUUUUAAUUGGGGAUCAUUUUCUUUAUCAUUCUUCUAUUUUGUAGUUCCUGCUCAAGAAAAGAUUUUAACAAAUAUGCAGGUGAAUUUUGGACCCCAACACCCAGCAGCUCAUGGUGUAUUGCGACUGGUUCUCGAACUUGACGGAGAGGUAUUGUUCUUUUGGAUCUUUUUAGGUUUCUGGGAAACUGACCACCUACCUGUCCCCUAAGUCACAAUUUUGCCCUAAAUGAGAAGUAAGUGUCAAUGCUGACUUACAGGAGUUGUAGAUGGGGUGAUUAUUGAAGAGAGGUGAUUAUUUUAAAUAUUUCCGUCUAAGGUAGCAAUUAUUUGAGGGAGAUGAUUAAUCAAGGGACGGCUAUUAUUCGAGGAAAUAUGGUAGCUGCAACUCAGCAAGAUCACUCCCCAGGGGCACCCAACGAGAAUAUAUUUCAAAGCCACUUAAACAUAGCAUCGUUAAAUGUAUUUUGGUAUUUAAGCGGUAGAUAUAGGCAUAUUUUUAUCCCCUAAAAAUUUUUCAUCUGUUCGGAUUUCCUAGCUGAAAGUCUAGUGAUCCGAAAAUUAUAGGGAGCAAAACUGACCUUUUCAAAAAUUUUCAGCCAGAAAAAAGAAUUCUGAAAAUUCUAGGUGACCUUUUGACAGUAAAAAUCCGUUAAAAAUGGGCAAUCAUACCAUUUUUUAGAUGUUCAAAAAUCCUAGGAGAAGCAGGCAAGCAAGAAAUUUUUGCAACAAAUGUUCCAAAAAUUCUAGAUCUCAAAUCGUCUUCCCCUACUUCCGAACAGAUAUUUUCCGAAAAUUGACGUUUGGUGCCCCUGACUCCUUGCUGGGGAUAUUUUGUGAAAGGUCUCUAGGACUAAUAAUGAGUGGCAAUUGGAAAGAGGAAGCCAUCUCAUGGUUUUCACCUUGAGUGGCAUUUGAAAGUACAUGAUCUAUCCUAUGAUGACAGGCUUCCCCUUAUCAAUAUAUCUAUGUAAGACAUGUCAUUUCCAUUUAACUUAUAAUUAUUAGUAAGAUAAGAACAUAUUUGGAUCAUGAAUCUACUGAAGCUAUUAUUCAUGCUUGUAUGACUACCAACUUGGAUUACUGUAAUGCAAUUCUAUAUGGACUACCUAAAGUUCUCUUAAACUGCCUACAGCUAGUUCAGAAUAGAGCAGCGCGUAUUGUAACAUUCACCAAGAAGUACAGUAUGAACAUUUUACUCCCAGCUUAACAGACUUACAUUGGUUGCCUGUUGAAUACCAUAUUAUUUAUAAAAUCCUUUUGUUAGUAUAUAAGGCUAUCAAUGGAUUUCCACCAAGUUAUAUAUCCAAUUUGCUCAGUUUUUGUAACAGCUUCUACUCUUUGCGUUCUUACUCGAAUAAAUUACUUCAAGUCGCGAGAUCUAAGCUAAAGUCUUAUGGUGAUCGAAGAAUUUCUAUUGCAGAACCUAAAAAAUGGAACAGCGUACCAGCAUCUUUAAGAAAUGCCAAUUCCUUUAAUUCCUUCAAAAAAACACUUAAAGACAUAUUAAUUUAUUUUUCCAAACUUUUCCUUAAUAUGUAAAUAGAUUUUUAUUUGAUUUUCAUACUUAUAUGUGUAAUUGUUUGAUUUUCUGAGUUGAAGAUAUAUUUAUGCGCUUGGACAGUUAUUUGUUUUUUUGAUAUCAUUAUUACUACCAUUAUUUUUAUUCCUAUUGUUGUAAUUUAUUUGUAUCUUAAAACAUUUUUUGUAAUAUUGUAAAGCGCCUAGAGCAGCUAGUGAUAUACAUGCUAUAGAAAUAAAGUUUAUAUUUAUAUUAUAUUAUUAUAACAAAUUCCAUAACGAGGUAGUAUGUACAAGUGAGAAUAUUAAUAAUAAUUGAAGGGUUUCCUAGAAAAAGGGUGCUGUGUUUACUAGAGUAAACAGUCACUAGCACCCAUUUUCUAGGAAAUCCUUCAAUUAUUAUUCAUUCAAAACAUUUCGCCAUUUCUAAUUGGCUCACCCUUUUUGCUAGUACGGUUAACACCUGCGUUUUUCUAUUUUGAGGUAGUUAUUGGCAAUUUAGGCUUAGUAGGUUCUUAAUUAGGUUCUUAAUUUUUUUGAAGGAGACAUAGUUGUUGACUACCAGAAAUAUAAAGAAACUUGAGUUUGGUCCUUGAAUAUACAGUCGCAUCUGUAUAUUGCAAACCUUCUUCAUACUAGGUCCAUGAAGACAAUUAGAAACUGUACUUUUUAAACCUAUUUUUGUUUGUAGGAAUAUAUUAAAGUAAUACUUUUAUUUGUAAUUGCAGUUUGGUACAGUAUUUUCUUGUAAUAUCAAUUGGCAAUCUCACAGUCAAACUCUUUGGUUAAAAUGUUUAUCAUAAUUUAUCUGUCAUCCAUAUAUAAGAAACUGCUUGGUUUUGCUUAACAAAAAAGGUUGCUAUAUUUUUGGUUAUUAAACUGCUAAAUUUCUGCCAGGUUCUUAAACCACUGGUCCCGAUUGUUCAAACAGUAGAUAAUGCUAUCCAGCAGAUAAAAAUCCAUCAAGUGGAUAACGCAAUUGUUUUCCCUAAUACUUAUCUGCUGGUUAGUGAUUUAUCUGGUAGAUAGCGCUAUCCAACAUUUGAACAACCCAGGCCUGGUUCUUAUUAGCAGAUGUUUACUGUAAUACAGUUCUCACUACACAUAUUAUAUGAGUCUCUUUGACAAACCCACAAGCAUCAAACAAUAUUUUUUCAUGCAUAGUUUUGCUUUCAGUAAGAUGCUGAGAUUUUUUGCGUUGCAUUUUGUGUAGGUUGUCAUUCGUGCAGACCCUCACGUUGGACUCCUGCAUCGCGCCACUGAGAAGCUGAUUGAGUACAAGACAUAUCUACAGGUACAGGAAUUAAAAAACUGGAAAAAUGAAUAAACUAUAGUUCUCAAGAUUGUACUCAGAGGUGCUAAACUUCAUACAAUCUUUACUUCUAUAAUACAGACCCCACUGUGAAGGUAUAUUUGGCCCAGUCACUUUGGUGCCCACAUCAAGGAGGUUACUUGAUGAUCAUUUUUUGCACAGGCCUUGAUUCCAAGGUUUAUUGCCCUUUAAUUUCCUGUGACUAAUUUUUUUCCAGUUUUGUAUCAAGGGGUUAGUUUUUAUGGAAACUGCAACGUUUCGAUGGGUCAUUGGGGGUUUUGAGGUUUUGUUUUAUCAACUGAAUUAGUAAGGUACGGGUAGAUGGAUUUGUCCAUUGUAGGGAGAUAAAGAGGCUGAAAGUCAAGUGUUAGCCCUUCGUCAGGGUGAAGUUUUGUGUUGUAUUUCAUGUGUUUCUUUACAAAACAUCAAGUACUUGUAAUUUGCUAGAGUUUAGGAGUAAGUUGCAUCUCAUUGUGCAAAAGCCAAGUUUAUAGAAAAAUGGAAUUUGUACUUAAAAUGUCCUUGAAAAAUAUAGUUUUAGAUUUAUAUGAACCAUGAUUGUAUUUGGAUGUAACCAAAAAAUGUUGCCACAUCUCUACUAUAGAAAGUAUUCCUGAUACAUGCCGUAAACGUUUCUGUUUUACAGGAAAAGGACUGUAAUAUUAUUAGGGAGCUUAAGCAAUGAUAACGGCAAUGGCAGCAAAAACGCCACCCAAAAGUGAAUUCGUGUUGUUUUAAACUUCAUUGCUCUUAUUCCAACUCCUUUAAUUUGACAAAUGUAGGCAAUUUUUCAGGAGUGGAAUUCUAAAUGACUGUAUCUAAGUUCGCAAAAACAAAAAGAAAAUUAUUGUCUUGUGUUCGCGUUCUCCAUAAAACAUGAAAUUAGGAAGAUUCACGUGAUAGUCAUGCAGUGAUGGCAAAGAAAUAUACAAAAAAGCAUGAAGUUGUUGUAUUGCAAAAUAAUUAUUGUAUAGCUCCUUAUUAUGAGUGCUUCUGAGAUGUUGUAAUAAGAAGCUGGAGUCAAAGUGAGAUAUAUUUAACAAUUAUUCCUCAAGCCCGAAUGGGCUCUGAGUCAUUAGCCCAUGAGGCCAAAGGCCGAAUGGGCUAUUGACUCAGAGGCUAUGAGGGAGAGAGGAAUAAUAAUUGUUUUAGUAAAAUCCAACUAGUUGGUCAAAAAUAUUGAGAAUAAAAAAAAUUUUAGCUAGUUAAAGCUGGACUUUAAUCUUUUUUUGCGGCCAAAAAGCCCGCGGUUUUCACUACUAGUGGGCUAUAACAUAUAGUUGGAUUUUACUAAAGAAAAUUAUAUCCCCAGUACUGGGCUCUGAGUCAAUAGCCCAUGAGGCUGAAGGCUAAAUGGGCUAUUGACUCAGAGGCCAUGAGGGCGAGAGGAAUAAUUGUUUUAGUAAAAUCCAAUUAGUUGGUAAAAAAUAUCGAGAAUAAAAAAUUUUAGCUAGUUAAAGCUGGACUUUAAUCCUUUUUUGCCACCAAAAAGCCCGCCCUUUUCGCUACUAGUGGGCUAUAACAUAUAGCCUAGUAGUAGCUCAACCAAUCAGAAUGCAGCGUUGAUAAUAGACCACUAGUUGGAUUUUACUAAAGAAAAUUAUAUCCCCAAUACUAUGUGUUUCUGUUGUUUCAGGCCUUACCAUACUUUGAUCGUCUGGAUUAUGUUUCUAUGAUGACAAAUGAACAGUGUUACUCUCUAGCUGUGGAGAGACUCUUGAAUAUCGAAAUUCCAGAAAGAGCCAAAUGGAUCAGAGGUGCGGUGAUGGAUUUCUUUUACAUUCUCGAGUACAACCCCAUUGCUCCCCAAUUAAAAUUUUGAAAAUUAAAUCCCAAUUUUGUUUUGUAGAAUACUGAUCAACAAAAAAGCCUUGAGUGAGUGCUGUCAUGAGGUUUUGGUGGAAUGGUUCACCAUAGCAUUUCUCCCACAGAUUCAAAAGUUAGAACCACUUUGUACAGCUUUCAACAAACAGUACCACAGGAAUGUAAUGCUCAGUAGCUUCCGUUUGAAUGGUCACACUUUAGGAUAAUUUUCAUCCAGAGACUCAAAAGUAAGAAACACCUUGUACAGCAUAUUAAACAGUACCGCAGGAAAGCACUGCUCUGUAACUUUUAUUUGAAUGGUUUCACCAUGGCAUUUCUCUCACAGAUUCACAAGUGAGAACAACCUUUUUUAACGGCACAAUUUUAUAAAAGGUACCACAAAAAAGUAGUACUAAGUAGCCAAUUAAACCGUCACAUUAUUAGGAUUUCAUAUUGCUGUAACAUAAUUAUUGUUGUAUUGCCACCUGGUUAGCUGAGCUGGGAGAGUGCCGGCCUGCUGAGUGGGAGGUCACGGGUUUGAACCCUGGCCGAAACCAACAGUCAGGGUCUUUAAAUAACUGAGAAGAAAGUGCUGCCUUUGUAAUGACAUCUGCAAAUGGUUAGACUUUCUAGUCUUCUCGGAUAAGGACGAAAAACUGUAGGUCCCGUCUCACAGCACUUGCACUUAUCUGGUUCUUGAGGGAGGUAAAAGAACCCACACCACUGUUCGAAAAGAGCAGAGGACGUAGACUCCGGUGUUGUGGUCAACCUUCACUCAUCACAUCAUUCACAUCACGGGUUGGGUGAGUACAGUAAGCUCACAAAUGGACUGGGAGUGGCUGCCAGUGGCGCCUUUGUAUGCUGAUGUCCAAGCUUACUGUUCACAUGUUAAAAUGUAUUGUAAGUGGGGAUGUCUGUUGUCCUCUCAUCCUCAAGUCUUCAUUCAUUUCAUUCUUUCAACAAGUCAGUCUCGUGGGAGCGCAACGUUUUUGUAAAUGUAAACACUUCCUUUUAUUUCAAGAACUAAAACAUAAUGACAGGUUACAUGUGUAAAAAGUUGCUGAAUUUCCAACUUCUGAUUGGCUUGAUCUUAAAAAUUGUUGUUAUUAAAGUUUAAGUGCUUUGCACAUUGAGUUAAUUUUGCGGCCUUUAAAUUAACAACCAUGGUGUCUGCUUGCUUUUUUCAGUGUUGUUUGGUGAAAUCACCCGAAUACUGAAUCACAUUAUGGGCGUCACCACACAUGCUCUUGACGUGGGUGCCAUGACCCCAUUUUUCUGGAUGUUUGAAGAGAGAGAAAAGGUAAUAACAUUUCUAUACGACUCUACAGUCAGUAUCUAAAUAAACCCUAAUAUCAAAAUUGAGAUUCUCAUUUACUGUCCCUAUAAUUUUUCAAUAGAAGCAGUUUGGAGAAUUUUUUGAAAUAUCAGACUGAUCUUCUUCCAUUAUAAUUAGAAAUUUCAUUCUGAUCACUCUUAGUGUUUUGUAGCACAUGGUACAUGUAUAGUGUCAGGUCAGGUAAAUUUUGGCUUCUCUCUCCGGUGGGUGGGAUACAAAUACAGGGGGGGGGGGGAAUACUUGACCAAUAUUUGGGCCAAAACCAUACUAAAAGUAAAUUGCUCAGGUAAAAAAGCCGCGACUUGUGUAAAUGAAAGUUGCUCCCUCUAGGAUAUUGGCUCCUGAUGGACUCAACACAGGGCCUCAUCUGAUUCCCAGGCGCUUGGAAGUAGUGGGCACAAGAAAAAACGUGUGUUCCCUUACGCGUGCCCGUUCUCUCUUUCACCCAAUACAUCCAAGCGCCUGCUACUCAGGCUAAUUCCCAGACAUCCUCAAAGUCGGUCUGCAAAAAAAAGCUUGGCUGUGCCUUGUUUUUUCCCGCCACUUCUUCUUCUCCUCUGGAUCUCAGAAGAAAUACUGCCUCUUGCCGCUUUUGAUAUGUUACUUCACUGACUGUUUUUCUCUUGUAUGCUAUGUUUGCUGCAGAUGAUGGAGUUUUAUGAAAGAGUUUCUGGUGCCCGCAUGCAUGCAGCCUAUGUCAGACCGGGUGGAGUGGCAUUGGUAAGUGUUUAGCAAACCUCCUGACAUUAUUUAUUGUUUCAGCGAUGUGAACUUCAGUGGCUACGAGUGACGUUUUGUAUCUCUUUUAAGAUGCUUUUAAUAUUGUUUUUAAAUCUUUCCUUGCAUUGUCACCUCAACAUAUCAGUAAUUUAAUUACAAAGUAUUAGCAAGCAAUCUGCCUAUUGGCUGCCAUCCGAAGGUGGAUCACUACCUUGUGGGAAGAAGCUGGCAUCUUUUAUAGAUAGAUUUUUUUCCUGUCGCUGCUCCUGCACUGUAGAAUGCCUUACCCAUCUCUAAAUUAUUAUUAUCUCAUUUUUUAUUUUGGUAUUUGUUGUCUUCUUCAUUCAGGAUAUGCCACUCGGUUUGAUGGAUGAUAUUUAUGACUUUGUUUCAAAGUUCUCCCAGCGACUGGAUGAAGUUGAAGAGGUGUAGUAACGUUUUCAUAUGGGACUCCCACAUUAAUGGGACCGGGCUGGUCGUCGUCUUGCUUAGGGGUGUAAAUUUCGGAUUUUGGUCUCACUUAGGGUGUUCUGGGCAAAACCCCAUUAUAUUUAGCCAUAAAGGUCUCUUUUAGGGUUUCAUGCGAAGAAUUUUAAAAAAAUUAUAUAUUUUCAAUUUGUUUUAUUUACUCGAUUUAUGUAAUCAAAGUUUAACAUGGUCUCUUUUAGGGUGAAAAAAGAAAGGUUGGGCCACGCCCAGAUUGGUCUCCUUUAGGGGUUUAAUUCAAAAUUUCAGACGAGCAUCCCCGCCUCUUUCAUAUGGGAGUCCCCCGCGUGUUUUGUAUCACUAACUUUAACAUCGUUGUAGGGGAAGCCAGCACAGUGGGACUCCAGGAGAAUAGGAGGUGGGAGGGAUGCGGGAGGCGGAAGCUCUAAAAGGACGGGAAUUGGGAAAAAUAGGGGAAACUGCUCAACAAUACUGUCUUAAUAUUUUGAAGUCGAAAAACGUAUCAAGGGAGGAAGCCAAGAAAAAGAGGGGCAAUAUGAGAAUUCAAGGUACGGAAGGCAGAAGGUUUGGACCCCCCCCCCCCUCUCCUUCAGAGUAUCAUACCCAUUGACCUUGACUGUGUACAACAUGACUCUCUGGUGAACUGCACAUUUAUUGGACAGCAUGCAUGAGGAAUACCGUCGACCUUGUUUGAACUGUUUGGUACAGGUACAUUUGCAUUAACACCUUUUAAAUGAAAAACCUGUCCAAUGAUCUUGGCCCGAUAACCUGAUACUUUGCCGUAAGGGAAGUAGUUAAUGGUCUUUGUACCGUUUGAUCAUGCAACUUUUACGUAAGUAACAUAAUGGAGACCAGCCUGCGAAAAAUUUUCAGUUUGGGGGGUAUUAUGUAAAGUCACGCGUGAGCUGCACGCAAAAGGAGACGCAAGAGUAAGGGAUGCGUUUCCGCGAGGCUUGGUUCGAUCGCCACCAAAAAUGAAGGCUUUGCUCCCAGGCUAAGCGCAGGUUAAUAUAGAGACAAACGAGCAUACCAUUCAAGUGUAAACAGGGCAUUUUAAGAUUAUACCACAGUGGUGAGGGCAGCAAAAACAUCUCUCAAAAAAAAGAUAUCACGCAGGCAAAUUCUCGAACUCUAUAUUUUUGUUCAAAAACCUCAGUUAUCUUUGGAAAUUUAUUUUCAGAUGUUGACAAACAACAGAAUCUGGAAACAGCGAACAGUGGAUGUAGGCGUAGUCACCGCAGAAGAUGCUCUCAAUUACGGCUUCAGGUUGGCAACAGUUUUUUUUUUGGCUUUCAUUCAAAAUAUUUCUCCGUUUCUUAUGGCUUAAAUCUCCGGGCUUGUUCUUCAUAACCUGCUAGCGUUGACCAAAUUUGAAAGAUCCCCCCCCGGUCACUUUCCCGCACUUUGCAUUCCCUGUUUCUGACCCUUUUUCUUGACUUUCGCUCUUUAGCUCUUUUUCGAUUGCAAAAUAUAAAACAUUCAUAAUUUCCCUUUAUCUCUCCCACUUCCCACCCUUCCCUCUUUGGCUUUCUGUACCCUUCCCGCCCCCUGUUCACCCGAUCUCCCACUCCCUAUUCUCCUCAUCUCCCCCCUGUUCUCCCGCCCCCUAUUCUCCCGAUCUCCCACUCCCUAUUCUCCUCAUCUCCCCCCUGUUCUGCAGAGCUCCCAACCCCUAUUCUCCCACCCUCUAUUCUCCCGAUAUCCCGCCCCCUAUUCUCCCGAUGUUCCACCCCCUAUCUCCCGAUCUCCCCCCAUAUUCUCCCGAGCUCCCGCCCCCUAUUCUCCCGAGCUCCCACCCCCUGUUCUCCCGAAGGGGAAAAGGGAUUUCAAAGAUUUGGCUCUUGAUUAAGUAAAUUGACCAUCUACUAGUGGUUUACAAGCUGAAGCCAUUAGCGUUAGCCCUUCGUCAGAAUGAAUCAUAACGUACCAAUGUUUAACUGGCACCAACACUAACAAACACUAACUGCUUUCCAGAGCUGUUAGCUAUAUGUCCUGAAAAGUAACUCUGCGACUGACGUAUCAUUUGUCUUUUUUCGUUCCAGUGGAGUGAUGCUGCGUGGCUCUGGUAUCAAGUGGGAUUUGCGUAAAUCACAGCCGUACGAUGCGUAUGAUAAAGUGCAUUUUGACAUUCCCAUUGGCAAGAAUGGCGACUGUUACGACAGGUAAGGAUUGAAGGAAUUAUGUGACUGAAAUAUUGCCCCUUUUCAUCAAAAUCAACCUCGAGCUUAUUAAUAUUCUCUGCAUUCAUUCGUCUGUUCCAGCGGUUCAGGUUGUGGGAUGGUGCAAAGAGAUGUAUGUUAGCGAGAAAAACAGCGAGGGGGUGGGGUAGGGGUUGAGAACGAAGGAACUCCUUCUCUCCCUCUUUCUUCUGCAAGAAAUCGCAGUCAAGUUUGUUUGUUCGAGACAAUAGAAAAUGAAUGACCUUUCAUCUUGAAUAUGAUAAUGGCAAAAUAUGGGUUGUUAGUUGGCAUUUGUGCACUCUUUACGGUCUUGAUUUGUUUAAUUAAGUUUCCCGUGAUAUUUUUAGGUAUUUGAUCCGGAUGGAAGAAAUGCGACAGAGUCUCAAGAUUAUUGAGCAGGUCAGUGUGCAAAAGAAGCAUGAGAGCACAAACACCCCAAUCUCACAAUGUGAUCUUCCUUCUUAAUGUUGACAACAUAUUUGGUCCUUUUCGACGCGUGACUUAUCUAUGGAGCUAUUUUGUAGGCUUGUCUCUCCAGCCCCCUCCUCGCCUCCCAACUUACCCCUCCCCCACGCCUACUGCUCAUCCAAAAAAAUGUUACUUUUAUUAAGACCAAGCGUGCGUAUGAUGUCGAUAUGACUGGUGCGUACCCUUGGUGUGACAAAAUGUGACGCUCCCUCCACCUCCUUUGAAGAACCAUCAUCGUCAUCAUCGUCAUCAUCUUUUUUUAUACACGGUAACAAACAUUAGGCGUUAUCAAUAAAAGAAAUAUUUCCAAAUAUUUUUUGCCGCGUGACUUUAUGGUGCUAUUUUGCAGGCUUGUCUUUCCAGCCCUCUUCUUCCUUCCCGUUCCCAAUUUACCCCUCCCCGACUCCUUCUUCAUCACCCCCUCCGCCCCCAUGGAGGUGGCGGGGACUUUGAACAGCUAAUUUUGAUCUAGUGCGCAAGUGACAUUAAAUCACUAUACCUAACCUUGAAUGCUUUCCAAAAAAAAACUUUUAUAAUGAGUACAGUGCCUUCGUCUUUGAUGCUGGUGUUUUUUAGUUACUAACCUCUUCAAAAAACGCUCCAUUUGUGUCUUUUAUAACAGUGUUUGAACAAGAUGCCCCCAGGUGAAAUUAAGGUGGACGAUGCCAAAAUCUCACCACCGAAGAGAGCUGAAAUGAAGGCAAGUUUCUCGUAUUUUGUACACAAACCUAUCUAGCCUGCGAACAAGCUUUCCAUUUGGGGGAUAUCGUAAAAAGUACACGCACGAGUGGCACGCGAGGAGAGCUUGCUCGCGAGCUAGAACCUAUUGAACACUACAACCCAAAAUGCGAAAAUUUAGUGGGCGCCCACGAUAUUUGUACCAUAAGUAGCCUGCGUAGCAAGCGUUUCCAAUCUUGUCAUUGCGCGAAAGUUAGAGCGGGACGAACUCGCGCGGAAACGCUUGCUUCGCAGGCUAUACCAUAAGGCCCUGAUCUGAGAAGCGGUCCGGGAACGUUUACCUUUUGGGAGGCAAUUUUGAAGCUAUCAUAUGUGUGGUUCCGUGCCGUCACUUAACGUCAGUUUUCGUGUGCUCUGAGAAGCGUAAUACAUACAGUGAACAUAGGGAUUACACUAUUCUUUGAGUGGUCGCUUACAGGAGGUUAAAACAAUGGAAAAUUAUAAAACUAUUCCCCCAAUUCACGGUCGAGAGGUGGUCAUUUACGAGAGGUUUCAACGAUAUGACUUUGAGUGAAACAAUUUUGGCAUGCUGGGUGGGUGGUAGUCUGCUACACAGCCGUUUUUAGUGUCGUCACGCAACGCUCCUCCCCACAAGUAAUCGACCAAGCCUUUCGUCCCGGUCUCAUGUAAACGGCAGCAAAAUUACAAAUUCGCACCCGUCUGAGUUCGUCCCGGUCUCAUGUAAAUACCCCCUAACAACCUCUCGAUUUCCGAUUUUGAAUACAGGAGUCCAUGGAAGCUCUUAUCCACCAUUUCAAGCUCUACACCGAAGGAUAUCAAGUCCCUCCGGGAGCAACUUACACAGCAAUUGAAGCUCCUAAGGUGAGUUUUACAGCCAGAGAAGGCCGUUUAUAGACUUUCUCAAAGUCCAUUUCUUCUAUUGCGUUCAGUUUUAAAGGUCUCCGGUAUUACAUGGGUAUUUUAGAGACAUUUUUGCAGAGCGACUCACAAUUGUUGCUACCUGUUUAUAGUUAAUUACUUAUAUCGCGACUGUCAGUUUGCCCAUUUUUGUCCAUAGUUCCUAGGCUUUUUUUAGCCUCAGUAUCUUGCCUGCAUUUGUCUUUUGUAUGUGUGGUUAUUUAAACAUCCAUUCAUUGUAUAAGACAAGUUACAAAAUUUCAUUUUUUUUAUAAAAGUAAUACCAAUUUUCUAAGAAAAACAACAACAAACGUACUAAGGAAACUCGAUAGCGACAACGUACCCUUUUACUUUUCAAUUCCAAGGGAGAGUUUGGCGUUUAUUUGGUGUCAGAUGGAACUAGCAGACCUUAUCGCUGCAAGAUCAAAGCUCCAGGGUUUGCACAUUUGGUGAGUUUUAUGUAGAUUCAUUUUAUACAUUUGGACUGUCCUCAAGAACGCACAGUGGUUGGUCACCUUGGCUAAACGUGAUGUUACACGGAACGAUUCGCAACGACGAUUUUAAGCUCAACACAGCGUUGCAAUGCUGGAGUAAUGUUGUAACCACUCGAAACAAUGCCGCAACAAUGUUGCAACGCUGUGUUGCGCUAAAAAUCGUCGUUGCGAAUCGCUCGUGUAACAUCACCUUAACACGCGCUGACAACCCGAUAAGCCAAUCAGUGUCUACGUAGUUUCACGUAGUCGGCACCAUGCGCGGGAAAACGUUGGCGAGAAGGUCGCAGUCGAUGUGGGGAAUAUUUCUGAUUGGUUAAGAAAGUGGCAUGACAGUUUUUCAGCCAAGCACAUUUUGGGGCUCAUGAAAGCAAGACUUAGCGUUAGUUAGUUAGCAUGUGCACUCUUCUAGUUUAGUUUUUUUGGAUACAGUAAAUUAGUUAUUCUCUGUAUGUUUAUUAUUAGUAGUAGUAUUCAGGUAUUAUAAUUAUUAUUAUUCUCUACAGGGUGGUCUGAAUUUGGUUUCCCAAGGUCAUAUGCUUGCAGAUGUUGUUGCAAUUAUUGGUAAGUUUUUGCUAUCUUAUAAC